GACGGAGAGAAUCCACCAAUUCCUAAUGGGAUUGAAUGAAAACUUUUCCACAACUCGAUCCCAAAUAUUAAGCAUGGAUCCUUUGCCCUCCCUAAAUAAGGUGUAUGCAAUGGUAACAAAAGAAGAAAAGCAGCAAACAGUGGCAGCAUCCAGAGGUCCAAAUAUAGAAGCCACAGCUCUUGCAGUAAGGGGACCAUCAAGAAGGUCACGAUGUGAUCACUGUAAAAGGCUUGGGCACACUAAAGAAAGAUGCUAUGAGAUCAUUGGGUAUCCUAUGAAUUGGAAGCCUGGGAUAGGCAAAACCAAGACAAAGGGUGAGGCACAAAAGACUGGACGAGAGAAAGACCAUGCCUUUGUAGCUAAUGCAGCACAUGAGCCCACAGAGGAGUUAUCAAAUCAGUCUCCAGUUUCCGGGUUGAGCAAAGAGCAGUAUGACCAACUCAUCUCGCUUCUCGGGGGUAAUACCAUCCUUAAUCACUCAGCCAACCACGCUGGACCUUACCUCGAGGAAGCUGGUUGGAGUGGUGACAAUGGAAAGGAAUUUACUGAAGGGCUUAUAAAAGAUUUUUGUCUCAAAAAGGGCAUUUUACAACAAACUUCUUGUGUGAACACACCACAACAAAAUGGUGUCGUUGAGUGUAAGCAUCGUCAUUUGCUUGAGUCUAAAGAAAAUGAGCACCAUCAAGGCAAAUCUAAUCCUACUGUCAUGGUUCAGCCAUUUGAAGAACAUCCCUUAACCAGUGACAAUUCCCAUGACAAGUCUGAGGAGAACUCAGGAAACCAACUUGUGCAAUCUUUGAGGCCACAACGAGAAAGACAUGCACCGCGGCAUUUAGAUGACUAUGUUUGCAGCAUGUCACAAUCUGUUGAUCCUGAUCAAGUCACACUCCAGUCGGCUAACUCAGAUGAGCCAAAAACAUUUACCCAUGCUGUCAAGAGUGAACAUUGGCAAGAAGCUAUGAGGAAGGAUAUAACUGCUCUUGAGCAAAACGGAACUUGGACACUUGAAAGAUUACCUCUAGGCAAGCAGGCCAUAGACUCCAAAUGGGUCUAUAAAAUCAAGUACAAUCAAGAUGGAACGGUGGAACGGUAUAAGGCGAGACUUGUGGCAAAGGGCUUUACUCAAAUAGAAGGAUUGGACUAUCAUGAAACAUUUGCCCCUGUUGCCAAGUUAGUCACAGUUCGGGUUCUACUUGCUGUUGCUUCUAUUAAGCAUUGGGAACUUCACCAGUUAGACCUGAAUAAUGCCUUCUUGCAGGGAGAUUUGCAUGAGGAAGUUUAUAUGAAGAUUCCACAAGGUUUUCUCACCAAAAAUGAGCAUAGAGUCUGCAAAUUACACAAGUCCCUCUAUGGACUUAAACAAGCUUCUCGUAAUUGGUUUGAAAAGCUCACCAAUUCACUACAAGCUGCUGGUUUCAAGCAAUCUUAUGUAGACUAUUCUCUAUUCACAUCCACCAAAGGAAAGAGCUUUGUUGCUGUCUUGAUCUAUGUCGAUGACAUAAUUAUCACCGGAAAUGAUAGUACUAGAAUCAAGGCAUUGAAACAAUACUUGCAUACAAAAUUCUCCAUCAAGGACCUUGGGCCAUUGAAAUAUUUUCUUGGAAUAGAAGUGGCACGCACAAGUGAAGGGAUUGUUUUAAGCCAGAGAAAGUAUGCUCUAGACAUCCUAACAGAGACAGGGAUGAUUGGAGCCAAGCCAAGUCUAUUUCCUAUGGAGCAACACCACAGUUUAGCAAUUGCUUCAAGCCCUCCUGCUUCGGAUCCUUCACAAUACAAGCGAUUAGUGGGCAAACUCCUUUACUUAACCAUUACAAGACCAGAUUUGAGUUAUUCAAUUGGUCAGGGAAUACUCCUUUCAACUUCAAGUCCAUUGCACCUUAUUGCAUACUGUGAUGCAGAUUGGGCCGGAUGUCCAGCCACAAGACGUUCCACAACCGGAUUCUACGUUUGCCUUGGGAAUUCCCCUGUUUCAUGGAAAUCGAAGAAACAAGUCACAGUAUCUAGAUCAUCAGCUGAAGUGGAGUACCGCGCAAUGGCUACCACUGCCAGUGAACUGAGUUGGUUAAAGACAUUACUAUGUAAUCUUCAAGUUUCUCACUCAAAGCCAAUGACACUUUACUGUGACAAUCGAGCAACUCUGCAUAUUGCCAAUAAUCCUGUAUUCCAUGAAUGAACAAAGCAUAUAGAGAUUGAUUGCCAUUUUGUUCGUGAACGCAUACAACGGAAAGACAUCCUUACUGCACAUAUUUCCUCACAGGAAUAGCCA